AUGUCCGCCGAGCCACUGAGUAUAUUACUGGCAAGCACAGCCGCAUCCCUUUCACUAGAUCUAUUCAUUCAUCCCUUGGAUACGAUCAAAACCCGCAUCCAGUCUCGCGAAUAUUCGCAGUUCCUGAGAGCCAACACAGGAACCAGCAUAUGGAGACACCCUGAGAUAUUCCGCGGCCUUUACCAAGGCAUCGCAAGCGUAACCGCUGCCUCUUUCCCCACAGCUGGUGCAUUCUUCAUCACGUACGAGUACGCACAGUCAGGGCUCCAACUCAUACAUCAAAGGCUUGGGACGCAUGAGUCUAGCUCGGCUCGGCUCUUUUCCGAUUUUUGUGCAGCCUCCGUUGCGGAUCUUGCUGCUUGUGCAGUCUUUGCCCCGGCCGAUGCAUUGAAACACAACGCACAGAUGAUCCAAUCACAUCAACCAGAUGCAUCACCACGCGUAGGUGGGGUAGCCCAGAAAGCAACACGGCUGGCUUUCAAGAAGUUUAUCAACCCUAAACAGCUUUGGAACGGAUAUCCUGCUCUUGUAGCGCAUAGUUUGCCAAUGUCGGCGAUUCAGAUGCCUCUGUACGAAGCUCUUCGGUGUCGUAUUUUUGAAUAUAGAUUCGGAGCCCGAGAGGAGGGUUCAGAAAGACUAAGAGAUUAUGGAAGGAAACAGGCCCAUUUGACAAUUGGAGAGGCUGCUGGUACAGCCGCGAUAAGUGCUGCAGUGUCAGGAUGUAUAGCCAGCGUCCUAACAGCACCCAUGGAUAUGGUCCGGACACGAAUCAUGCUCGAUGCUGCAGACACAACCGCGCCGCAGAAGAAAAGGAUGAUCAAUGCCGUACGGGAGAUUAUACGAACAGAUGGCCCAAGGGGCCUAUUCCGAGGGUGCGCGGUAAACACAUUUAUGGCAGCUAUCGGGUCAGGAUUAUACUUUGGUCUCUACGAAAGCGCCAAAUGGUGGCUACGCUCUGACUCGAUGGACAGCCGGGUCAUGUUGGACUAG